GUGCGCGCACCGCCAAUGAGCGCGCUUGACCCUGAAGCAUCAGCUGAAGAUCACGGUGACGCGCGUCGCAACACACGCAGCAGGCAUCACGUAGACUAUUAUCCCUGGUGCACGAAACCUACAACAGUCUACAAGAUGUCCAAGCCACUGACGGACCAAGAAAAGAGGAAGCAAAUUUCCGUGCGAGGUCUCGCCGGGGUUGAAAACGUCUCAGACCUAAAGACCAAUUUUAAUCGCCAUCUGCAUUUCACUUUGGUUAAGGACCGUAAUGUUGCAACGAAGCGCGACUACUACUUCGCCCUGGCGCACACCGUCCGCGACCAUUUGGUGGGAAGAUGGAUCCGGACGCAGCAGCAUUACUACGAGAAAGACCCGAAACGUGUGUACUAUCUUUCUUUGGAAUUCUACAUGGGUCGGACCCUUCAAAACACCAUGGUAAACUUGGCUUUGGAGAAUGCUUGUGACGAAGCAAUCUAUCAGUUGGGUCUGGAUAUGGAAGAGCUGCAGGACAUGGAGGAGGAUGCUGGCCUUGGCAACGGAGGCCUUGGUCGAUUGGCAGCUUGCUUCUUGGACUCCAUGGCAACCUUGGGCCUGGCAGCAUAUGGAUAUGGAAUCCGUUAUGAGUUUGGAAUCUUUAAUCAGAAAAUCGUAAAGGGCUGGCAGGUGGAGGAGGCGGAUGAUUGGCUGCGCUAUGGAAACCCUUGGGAAAAAGCCCGGCCUGAAUACAUGCGUCCUGUGCAUUUCUAUGGUCGGGUGGAGCACCACCCUGAUGGAGUGAAAUGGGUGGACACACAGGUGAUCCUUGCCCUCCCCUAUGACACACCUGUCCCAGGAUAUAGAAACAACAUUGUUAACACAAUGAGGCUCUGGUCUGCCAAAGCUCCAUGUGAAUUCCAUCUCAAAGACUUUAAUGUUGGUGGUUACAUCCAGGCCGUUCUGGAUAAGAAUCUAGCUGAGAACAUCUCCCGUGUGCUUUACCCUAAUGACAAUUUCUUUGAGGGGAAAGAGUUGCGUCUGAAGCAGGAGUAUUUUGUAGUGGCUGCCACUCUCCAGGACAUCAUCCGCAGGUUCAAAGCUUCCAAGUUUGGCUCAACUGAGGUAGUGCGCAUGGAUCUGACCACACUGCCAGAUAAGGUUGCUAUACAGCUGAAUGACACUCAUCCUGCAAUGGCCAUCCCUGAACUCAUGAGAAUACUGAUGGAUGACGAAAAACUGACCUGGGAAACGGCAUGGGACAUCACUGUGCGUACUUGCGCAUAUACUAACCACACUGUUUUACCAGAGGCGUUGGAACGCUGGCCUGUCGACCUGUUCCAAAACCUUCUGCCCCGUCACUUAGAGAUCAUCUACGAGAUUAACCGACGUCACCUGGAGCGGAUAUCUGCGCUUUACCCUGGUGACCAUGACCGUUUGAGACGCAUGUCUCUCAUUGAGGAGGGAAAUCAGAAGAAGAUCAACAUGGCCCAUCUUUGCAUCGUUGGUUCUCACGCAGUCAAUGGCGUGGCACAAAUCCACUCCGACAUUAUUAAAGACACUGUUUUUAAGGACUUCUAUGAUGUGGACCCACAGAAGUUUCAGAACAAGACCAAUGGUAUCACACCUCGUCGCUGGCUUGUCAUGUGUAAUCCUGGACUGGCUGAGGUUAUCGCUGAGAGAAUUGGAGAGGACUACAUCCAAGACCUGGGCCAGCUGAAGAAACUCUUGAAGUUUGUGGAUGAUGAUGCUUUAAUUCGAGACAUUGCCAAAGUCAAACAGGAGAAUAAAAUGAAAUUCGCAGUGCAGCUAGAGGAACAAUAUAAUGUAAAGAUUAACCCGAACUCCUUGUUUGAUGUCCAUGUGAAGAGGAUCCAUGAAUACAAAAGGCAGCUGUUAAACUGUCUGCACAUCAUCACCCUCUACAACCUCAUCAAGAAGGAGCCUAACAAGGCCUGGACUCCAAGGACAAUUAUGAUUGGAGGAAAGGCCGCCCCCGGGUAUCACACAGCUAAGAUGAUCAUCAAACUGAUCACGGCAAUUGGAGAAGUGGUAAAUAAUGAUAGUGUGGUGGGAGAUCGUCUGAAAGUCAUCUUCCUUGAGAACUACAGGGUUACACUGGCUGAGAAAGUCAUCCCUGCGGCUGAUCUGUCCGAGCAGAUAUCCACAGCAGGAACAGAAGCUUCUGGAACAGGCAACAUGAAGUUCAUGCUGAAUGGAGCUCUGACCAUCGGCACCAUGGAUGGGGCUAACGUGGAGAUGGCUGAAGAGGCGGGAGAAGAGAACCUCUUCAUCUUUGGGAUGAGAGUGAAGGAUGUGGAAGCUUUGGAUAAGAAAGGAUACGAUGCCAUGGAGUAUUAUAACCGCAUUCCAGAACUGAAACAAGCCAUGGAUCAGAUUUCUGAAGGAUUCUUUAGCCCUGGAGAGCCUGAUCAGUUUAAAGACAUUGUCAACAUGCUGAUGCACCAUGACAGGUUCAAGGUGUUUGCUGACUAUGAAGACUACAUUAAAUGUCAGCAGAAAGUUAGCGCCCUCUAUAAGAAUCCUAAAGAAUGGACCAAGAUGGUCAUCCACAACAUUGCUGGUUGUGGAAAAUUCUCCAGUGACCGCACCAUCAGCCAGUAUGCCCGUGAGAUCUGGGGCAUGGAGCCAAGUCUGGAGAAGAUAGCAGCCCCAGACGACCCCCGCUAAGUCGUUCUACAAUAUCAAAAUCUUCCAUUGUUGUAGCUGUUCUCACAUUCGAUUUAUUUACCAUUAUGAAGAUGUAUAAAGGUGAUUUUAACAUUUACAUGUCAUAAGAGAUGUUACUCCAUCUUGUCGUCAGGCAGCCAGAAUGCCUCACACAAUUUCUCUGCAUCCCUGCUCCAUUGACGUGCUGUCAGCGCAUCUAGCUUUGUGGCAUGUUUAUAUACAGUAUAUGUUGGUGUAAGAAUGGUAGUUUUCCCGUGAAUUAUUAUGUAAAGGUCUGAUGUAUUUGUCUCUCCAUGCCAGCCUCAUCCUGGAGAACCAAACAUACACUGUGAGCUCAAAGUGCAGCAAAAACGUUUUGCCACAUAUCACAGCAUGAUGGUGACUGUUAUGGAAACAAUUUGAGAAACCACCAAAAAGGUUUGAAUUGAGGAUUUUUAGACUGAUUAUUAAAAACACUUUUGCUUCAUUUCAGUUUCUGACAGGCAGUUAUCACAUGAGCAGUUUGGGCUUUGAUGACUUUGAAUAUGGCACAGUUACAGUCAUAAUAAUAACCUAUGUAAAAUUCCUGCUGGACAUGUCUCUGACUGCUUGAAACUACCUGCCUUACCCAUAUGAGUGUUGUUUGUGUAUUUAUGUCUAACUGCCUGUCUCUCAUUGGCCUGUUGGUGCUCGUGACUUGUUCUUCCACCCACAGAGCUCCUCACUUUAGCACUUUAGACAUGAUCUGUCACUUUUAUCCUCAAGAAGCGUUGUACUGUAGCUCUCGUCGUAACUCUGUUCUUCACACCACACAAAAUAAGACCUGCAGGAAUGAUGCCCUUACGGAACAAAAAUAUAUGGGAAUAUACUGCAAAAUAUAAUGCAGUAUAUUACAUAAUACUUUUCCAUAUAUGGGAAACUAGUGCUUAUAUUUUUCAAUAUACUGCAAUGUAUGCAUUGACUAUGUAUGGUAUAUAUUGAAACAUAUAAUAUAUUUAGAAAUGAAGACAAAAAUAGCAUUACAUGUAAUAUUCAUAAAGUUUUAUCAUUUAUUUUGUAUAUCUGUUGCACAUACAUGUUCUCAUAUAAAUGUGAACGUAUACACACAUUCACCGAAAGAGUUGCAGCUAAAUAUUUUAGUACAUGCAGGUGUGCUAUUGUUAACUAGCUUGAAAAUAUGAAAAAUGUAUUAUGUAAAUAAUUAUAAAAUAUAAGAAAUGUAUUACAUUAUAAAUUUCUCUAUUUAUGUGUUUAUACCGCAUGAGUAAAUAUAUCUGCAAUACAUUACACAUGCAGUACCAUAUCUGAUCACAUAUAAAUCUAUAUAUUAUGAAGUGUAUUACUGAAUAUAAAGUUACGUACAUUGUGAUAUAUUCGUAAAUAUAUGAAAAGCGGCAAUUCCUUCAAUAUAUUCUAAUAUAUUUACACAAUAUAUUAUUCUGUAUAUUUUCAAAUAUACUGUUAUAUCAUUUAAUAUAUUGAUUAUUCAUGUAUAGGGAAAUAUAUUUUGUUUCCGUAAGGGUGGGGCCCUGUAGAAAACUUUGCUUUGAGUCCAGUGAGGUAGCAAAACUAAUAUAAUACUGAAGUGUUAUUGUCCAUACUUGCCAGGCUGUGUUCAAGACCCUGAAAUGUAUUUACUCGAAUAUAUUACGAUAGACUUGUAUACUUAGAAUAGGAAACGAAGAUGUCACAAGGAUGCAUGGUGCAUUGCUUCUGAUUCGCUGGAAAUGGAUAUUUAGCUGACAAUACUUCAAAUCGGCAUUUAAACUAGAAUUAAACCGAAUUCCUGGUUUAGUGAUAAUGGAGUAGGAUUUUAUCUGUGGUUCCUGGUCACCCCUACAUAGACUUACAGUACAACCUAACCUGCAACUUUUUGCUAACAGCUCCAGCAAUCUGAUGGAAACCCAAAGUUCUUUGUUCUCUCUGAAUGUUUUGCCUGUAUUGUGGGUGACAACGCACACAAAACAGUCCUGCUGAUACCCUUGAAAAGAGACAAAAUAAGAAAUAAAAGAUGAAGAAAUUAA